AUGUCAAAAGGUCUCAAGUACCUUUUGGUUUCAUUACCAACCUCAAUCUCCCCCAGUAAUGACCACGACGAAGCUCUCACAGCUUUACGAUCAGCUGUGACAACUGAUUACGCGACCGUCUUCCCUUUCCAGAUACCUGAAUUCAAAAUUGGUACUCUAGAUGCUCUAGUACAACAGGCGGAUGACUUGGCCAAGUUGGCGCAAGGUUGCGAGGCUGUAGUGGGCAAGGUGGGAGACUCGCUGAGAAAUAUACUAGAGGGCGAUGAGGAGAAGAUCUCACAGCAGAAAACUGUCAAUGACAAGCCUGCCGAACAAUAUCUGAAGUCCUUUCAUUGGAACAAAGUCAAAUACCGAGCAGACAAACCCCUGGGUGAAGUCGUUGUUACGCUUCAGAAGGAGAUCUCCAGCAUCGACAACGACGUCAAGAACAAGUACAACCAGUAUAAUCAGGUCAAGACCUCUCUCACCACAUUACAAAGAAAGCAGACUGGCAACCUUUCCAAUAAAUCUCUUACAGCAAUCGUCGACCCUUCCCUUGUGAUCCAGAAUUCCGAGUACCUCGAAACCCACCUAAUUGCUGUGCCCAACACGAUCACCAAAGAUUUUCUCAAGACUUAUGAGACCAUAUCACCAAUGAUCGUGCCCCGCUCCGCUCAAUUGAUAGAUGCCGAUGACGAGUUCACUCUUUACGCCGUUACGACAUUCAAAAAACAUAGUUCAGAAUUCGUCCAUAAAUGCAGGGAAAGCAAGUGGACACCAAGAGACUUCAAGUACAAGGAGGGUGGGAAGGAAGAGGAGCAGAAGGAAGUAGAACGCGUGGGAAAGGAUGAGAGGAAAGUCUGGGGUGAGGCAUUGAGGUUAGGGAGGACGGCAUGGGGCGAAGCUGUGAUGGCUUGGGUCCAUGUGCUUGCUUUGAGAGUGUUCGUUGAAACAGUGCUCCGUUAUGGGCUGCCUUUACAAUUCGUUUGUGGACUACUUCGGACCACACCUAAGCUGGCAAAGAAAGCGCGAAGCUCACUGGACGUUUCAUACUCAUACCUGGCGGGCAACGCCUUCGGUCGAGAUAAGAAAGGCAGAGUUGCCAAAGAUGAUUCUGCGACUUCGGCAGACAUGCAAGCAGCUGGGCACAUGGGCAAUGAUGGAGACUAUGCGGCGUACGUUUGCUAUGAGUUUGAGAUUCAAUAG